GCUGGAAAGGGACGCAGUGAAGCUGGCCUCGGCUCGGAUAUGACUAAUGUUUAUUUGAUCGAGGUUUAUUUGCUGCUCAGUAAUUGCACGGGCUGCGGAUGAAUCUUUGGCUUCCAACUUCUCAUCACUCCUUUCGCUGAUUUCCAUGUCUUAUUUGUGAAAGUUUCCAAACAGGAUCAUCAGGACUGCUCAUCGUCCGUUACUGAUUGUCUGUGACUGGUCCACUCCGGAGUUCCGUGUUGGGUGACCCACACUCCUUCACAGGGGCCAUGGAGGAGGAGGGGCAGCAAAGCUUGGAGUGUAUCCAGGCCAAUCAGAUCUUCCCCAAGAAGUCCCCAGUCCUGGAGGAGGAAAACAUGCAGGUGCCCUUUCCUGAGCUGCAUGGGGAGUUCACAGAGUAUGUGGGGAGAGCAGAGGAUGCCAUCAUCGCAACGUCCAACUACCGCCUACACAUCAAGUUCAAAGAGUCCGUUGUCAACAGUUGUUGUUGUGAGGUGUCAGUUCCUCUUCAGCUCAUAGAGAGCGCGGAGUGUCGGGAUAUGUUCCAGCUUCACGUCACCUGUAAGGACUGCAAAGUCGUCAGGUGUCAGUUCUCCACCUUUGAGCAGUGUCAGGAAUGGUUGAAACGCCUGAACGUGGUAGUGCGCCCUCCCUCUCGCCUGGAGGACCUCUUCUCCUUCGCCUUCCAUGCCUGGUGCAUGGAUGUGUACGCCGGCGAGAAGGAGCAGCACGGCGAGCUGUGCAGACCAGGCGAACACGUGACCUCCUGGUUCAAGAACGAGGUGGAGAGGAUGGGCUUUGACACUCAAAACGCCUGGAGGAUAUCUGACAUCAACAGCAAGUUUAGGCUUUGCCCCAGCUAUCCCCAGCAGCUCCUGGUGCCAGCCUGGAUCACUGACAAGGAGCUGGAAAAUGUGGCAGCCUUCCGCUCCUGGAAGAGGUUUCCUGCUGUGGUUUAUAGGCACCAGACCACCGGGGCUGUGAUUGCCCGCUGCGGCCAGCCAGAGGUCAGCUGGUGGGGCUGGAGGAACGCUGAUGACGAGCACCUGGUCCAAUCCAUAGCCAAGGCCUGUGCCGUGGACAGCAGCUCCUGCAAACACCUUCCCAACGGCAGCUACACCAACGGCUCUGACCUGCCUGAUACCGACUUUGAAUCCUCCAUGACCAACAGCUCAGAAGUGGAGACACUGGCCAUCCAGCCCCACAAGUUACUGAUCCUGGAUGCCAGGUCCUAUGCUGCUGCUGUAGCUAACAGGGCCAAGGGGGGAGGUUGUGAAUGCCCAGAGUACUAUCCCAACUGUGAAGUGGUGUUUAUGGGCAUGGCCAACAUCCACUCCAUCCGCAAGAGUUUCCAGUCUCUGCGUUUCCUCUGCACUCAGAUGCCUGAUCCAGCCAACUGGCUUUCUGCACUGGAGAGCACCAAGUGGCUGCAGCACCUGUCCCUGCUGCUGAAGGCGGCGCUGCUUGUGGUCAACGCUGUGGACCGAGACCACAGGCCCGUCCUGGUGCACUGCUCUGACGGCUGGGACCGCACACCUCAGAUCGUUGCUUUGUCCAAGCUGCUGCUGGACCCUUACUACCGCACUAUAGAGGGCUUCCAGGUUUUGGUGGAGACCGAGUGGCUGGACUUUGGCCAUAAGUUUGCCGACCGCUGUGGCCAUGGAGAAAACUCUGAGGACCUGAAUGAGCGCUGCCCCGUCUUCCUGCAGUGGCUGGACUGUGUUCACCAGCUGCAGAGGCAGUUCCCAUGCUCCUUUGAGUUUAAUGAGGCCUUCCUGGUCAAACUGGUGCAGCACACCUACUCCUGUCUGUUCGGCACCUUCCUGUGUAACAGCGGCAAGGAGAGGGAGGACCGCCACGUUCAGGAGAGGACCUGCUCAGUCUGGUCACUGCUGAGACCGGCCAACCGCACACUGAGGAACAUGCUGUACUCCUCACACUCUGAGACCGUUCUCCACCCAGUGUGUCACGUACGCAACCUGAUGCUGUGGACGGCGGUCUACCUGCCCAGCUCCUCCCCCACCACCCCAUCCGAUGAGUCCUGCGCCCCCUACCCUGUGCCUGGUGGCAACCCCGAGGACACGCCCCUGGCCAGACAUACGAAGACUCGCUCCUUCGACAACUUGCCCAGUGCAUGUGAGCUGGGAAGCUCGCUGGCUCCUAACCGCCGCUCCAGUGACCCUAGCCUCAAUGAGAAAUGGCAGGACCACCGGCGCUCUUUGGAGCUCACCAUGGCAGUGGGGCCCGAGGGAGGGGGAAACCAGGAUCAGGAGGUGUGGCCUAACGGAGUGGGGCCUUACCCAGAUGGAGUGGACUCUGAGCUUGAUGACAGCCCACAGCCCCGGGGCUCACAUGCUGAACUAGGACAGGGAGCCUCUGUGAGCCCAGCAGCAACAGGAGAGGAAGCAGAGGAGGCCGAGCUCUCAGUGGCGGUGGGCGUGGCCGAGGGCCAGAUGGAGAACAUCCUUCAGGAAGCCACAAAGGAGGAGGCGGGAGCAGAUGGUCAGAGAGAGGGAAGUGCUGCUGUCACACAUGUCAUUAACACUGUUGACACAGAGGUGGAGAAAGAAACAAAAGUUGAGGAGGAUGAACCGUAUGCUAAGGUCAGGACUGAGAUGCAGAGAGAAGCAUUUGCUAAUGGUCACCAUCCAGAAAAUGGUGUAAUGGAGGCUGAGGAGGAUGGUGAGUCUCCCCCUCUGCCCACACAGACGGCAGAGGAGCUGCAUCAACGGGCAGCUGAGGUGACUCAGACACCAGAGGAUCUGGUGAAGCAGGAUGUAGAGAACUCUUCUGUACAAGAGGAGCUUGCACAUGGACCCAGUGAGUCUGGCUCAGGUGAGCCAGAACAGCCUGCAGCCCAUAGAACUAUAACUAACGGAUUUGUGGACCGGUCACCAGAAGAGACAGGUGUGGAUGAGGAGACCUGCCCUGACUCUAAAUCUGGCCGUGGUGUCUCGGAGCCGGUGGAGCAGGUGGAUAAGAGGGCCUCCCUGAUGGAAAGCUCCACAGAGACUUUAACUGAAGAGGCCUGCAGCAGGUUGGAGUUACCAGCACAGCUGCCUGUUUGUCCGAGUCGUCAGCCCUGCAGUGAUGGCAGGAGCCAACCGCCCUGCUCCAGGAAAGAGAAAGGAGUGGAGACAGGCGAGCAUGGCUUUAUCAGAACUUUAAACGGGGGCUGCAAGCGACCCUCUGUCAGUGCCUUUCAGUCUUUGAGUGCUGACUUCAGCAGGGACGGGGUUUGUAACGGCGACAGCUCCGAGGGGGAUCCCUGCGGAGGACCUCACUGGGCCAAAGGGAAUGGGGAGAGGGCCCCUCUGAGUCGACAGGUGUCCCUAGCAAGCUGCAACUCCCUGAUCCUCCAUCCGCGGGGCAGCUGCACCCAGCACCGCUGGUGCCACGCCCUGUUGAGCCGGGCCGCCAUCAGCCCGGAGCAGCCAUCUCGCAGCCAUCUGGACGACGACGGGCUGACGCUGCACACCGACACCAUCCAGCAGAGGCUGAGGCAGAUCGAGGCGGGACACCAGAUGGAGGUAGAGACUCUGAAGAAGCAGGUACAGGAGCUGUGGAGCCGCCUGGAGAAUCAGCAGCACGCCGGCUCCCACAGGAUCAACGGAGACAUGGGAGACGAACUGACCUCAAUGACAGACUCUGAGUACAACCUGGACCCCAACUGUUUGUCACGCUGCAGCACAGAGCUCUUCUCUGAGGCCAGCUGGGAGCAGGUGGACAAGCAUGACACUGAGGUGACUCGCUGGUACCCAGACCAUUUGGCAGCCCAGUGUUACGGCUGUGAGAGCAGGUUCUGGCUCGCCACCAGGAAGCAUCACUGCAGUGGCAGGGAGCCUGUCCAGGAGGUCUGGAACUGCGGUAACGUGUUCUGUGCCAGCUGUUGCGACCAGAAGAUCCCAGUGCCAAGCCAGCAGCUGUUCGAACCCACCCGCGUCUGUAAGACCUGCUACAGCAGCCUCGAGCUCAGCCCGGCUCCCCUGGACCUGGACCUGGAGCUGGAGAAACCCAUCACAGCCAGCUCCAACUGAGGCUCAGAGGACCGGGACAGGAUGGGAGUCGGGCUGAGCCGCCAGCUGCUGACACAGGCACACUGCUGAAGAACAGCACAGGAGCUACACAGAAUGUCCCAUGUACUUUGUGUGUGUGUGUGUGUGUGUGUGUGCUGCUGCAGAUAUGGAAUUUAAUGUGUAUAUACAGAGGAUGAUGUGACGGAGGAGCUGAAUGACGUGUUGGCAUGAUGCCGAGCGCUCUGAACGGUGGGUGUGCACAGGGGUGGGUGGUGUUUGAGAGAGGACAUCGCACAUUCGCCACACAGAGGGUUUGUGGCAGUGAUGGGACUGCAGUCCGAGGCCAGAGGAGUGAGAAUGGACAUCCUGGUGCCUUGGACCAGGCAGGAAGAGAAGGUCAUUUCACUGUGUUGCUGAAGUCUCUUGGAGGGCUUUGGUUCAUUGAAUAAUUUUCCCGCUCAUCCAGGCUUCUCCUCAGACUUCUACGUACCAUCAUCUCCCAGCUCGGACUACUUUUUUUUCUCUGGAGGGUGUAAGAUCAGGAGCGACGUGGAAAAUCUCCUGGCAAUCAUGAGACAGUCCUGCAGUUUUAGAAAUGUCUGGAUAGCUGAUGCUCACAAAUGUUGUUUAGGGGAAAGGUUAAAGGGUCAGUUCACCCACAUUACCAAAAAAGCAUAUUACCUCUAGUGGUAUCUAACCAUGCAUUUAAUUUAAUUUUAUGUGCUCGGGUUUGGAGAUCUCAUCUCUGACAUACAAUACAGUGGAGGUGAAUUGAAUAAGGGUUGCAACUAUUAUUUUCAGUAUCAAGAAGUCUGCAAAUCAUUUUAUCAAUUCAAAUUUUUUCUGUAAAAUGUUUGAAAAGAGUGAAAUUUGUUAUAAUGUCUCAGAGCCCAUGGUUACAUAAUCAAAUUGCUUGUUUUGUACGACCAAGAGUCCAAAACCAAAGGAUAUUCAGUUUAAUAAUGUAUAUGAUAAAGAAAAGCAGCACUUUAUUAUUUUUUUUGUUUUACAUUAUAGAAGCUGGAACCAGAGUGUUUUCACAGGCUGAGUAGUACUCCUCAUGAUGAGUGAACUGAUCCUUAUUUAUCAGCCACAUCUCUCUCCAGAAAUGGUGUCCCCAUUUCUCUGGAUAAUCCACAAUUUUGGUAUUUGGGUGAACUGACCCUUUAACGUGCUUUGGGCUGAAUCUCAACUCAGCAUAUUUGCUUGCUUUUGUUUUGAUGAGUUUUUUAUCAGCUUUUCACACAGAAUGGAACAAAUGUGUGUGUUAUACACAGUAUGUACAGCUAACUGACAUGUAAAUACAAAAUAGGAGGGGGGGGAUCAAUUUUGGCAAGCAGUUGACUGUCAGUUUUGAGUUUGUGUUUAAUGUGUGUUGAGAUUCAGCUCAGAGUGCAGACAGGAUUUUUAGUUUUAGAUUAGGUCUAAAUUUAACAAAUGCUGUUGGGAUAUUCAAAUAGUUUAGUUUUUUUCUCAAAGUACCAUACUUCUUUUGAAUACUUAUCUUGACCACAGUGAGGAGAGUGAAUUUUUUUUUUCUUUUAAACAAAAUCACCCGUGAGUCUUAACAAUAGGACUAGUUAGUGAUUUAUAGAAAAGGCUUUAGAACAUGCGACCCUUUAACAGCUGAUGGCCGUUCAGCUCUUCCAUGCUGUUAGACUGUUUAUUACUGGUCUGCUGGGAGUGUAAGCUGAUGUGUUGUGGCAUUGUCAGAUUGUGUCAGACGGCAGACAAGCUACAGGUUGUUUGUGCCCGACACCUGUUAGCCAUACCUUCAUGCCCUUCACCCACAAAAGCCCCCUUUUUAUUAUUUCUACCCAGCAGGCACUGGGAGCUGGAGGUCUCACUCACUUUUCAGUCCUUCAGUGGGAACCACAAGUGAAGUUGUUAAUUUGACAUGUUUAAACUUCUGUGUUCACAUUCUAAAGACUAAAGACGAGAUAUUUUCAUUUUAUUUUAUAAUUGUUUUUGAGGUGGGCGGUUGACCAUGACCUCACUUGUGAUUCCCACUUUGAUUAGCUGAAACAUGGAGGAGAGCAGCAGCAGCAGAAAGGGCUCUUGGCGUUUUCAAAAGUCUGUAACUCCACACAUGAAAUAUGUCAGAGAAGCUUCACUGAGAUGCCCACUCUGCCUAACACCCAUUCAAUGACUUCUUUGCGCGCACACACACAAACACAUUUUUUGUAAAAUAAAUGAAUGAAAUAAUAUAUUCAGAUACCUAUAUAGCAUUUAAGAAAAAUGUAUAGAAUCCUUGAAUAGUGGCUCACUUAAUUAGUCACCAAAAAGUUUUUUGUUUUUUAAAUUUCUUUGUUUCUUAUGUUAUUAAUUGCAGAAAAAUACGUAUAUUUUGCAACCUGUUGAAGAUACCAGGUGUGUUGGGUUUUUUUUAAUUAGAGAAGCAGGGUGUCCUGUUUUGAUGCUGCAGUGGUUUUCCCUUUUAAAUGCGAUCAUUACUUUAAUUUAUUAAGGUUUUGUUGUUGAAAUCCAGACAAUUCAAUUGCCACAGGAUAAUCAGUGUUUAUGAGAUGGGAAAUGAGAGAUGGUUCUGAUCUGUGGCUACGGCAACGCUCGUCAUUUCUGUUUUGUAUCAGCCAGUCACAGCAGGAUUUGUGGAUGCAACGAUUUCCCGAUUAUGAGGGGGAAGUCAGAGGUGUCAUCUAGCAUCAUGUGACCUCCUGACGAUCACGCUAAAUGAAAAAAAACGAGUGUGUCUGUAGCCAAUGAGAUGUCUAUGCACUGAGAGGACAGUGGUCUUAAACAAGCAGCCUGAACCCAAAUAAAAGCCCCCGAGCUCACACACACAUUCUCCAUUUAAACCCAUCUACAAACACUACCUCUACUUUGUACACACACUCGUUAAUGCACACGCACAGAUUCACACUGAGCUUCUAUUUGCAGAGUGACUGUUGCUUUUCAGAUUUACAUCAUCAAGAAUGGCCUUCUAUAUCUGUGGUUUUCUCCAUUAAUCAGCUGGACCAUUAAAGGUACAGCACACGGUCGCAGACCUGUCAUUUUAAUGAUGAUCUUAUUGUUGAGACUGCCAAUCUUUUUAUUCCUCAUCAUCCAGCUUGUCAUGUCAGCAGGGGGCCCACAUGUUCUUGAUUUAGCAGUAGUCGUGGUUCGCCACACGGGAUGACAAAGUUUUGACUAUCGGAGGAAAAGCAUAAAUUUAAGUGUGGGAUUGACGACAUGAUACUAUUUAAUCUUACUGGAGCUGAAUCAUGUGUUCCUGACAUCUUCUGUUGGAUUUAAAUGUGGUGGUAGAAUCAGAAGAUGAUCGAAGUGUGCAGUGGAGCCGCUGUUUAAGGCGGUCAGAACAACAACAGGCUUGAAGUGUUUGUUUUUUCUCACUGCCCUCCUGUGGAAGUGGUGAACGUGUUUAAUUCAAGAGCUCGACCUUCAGUCUUUCAAAUAGAAUAGAAAAAUAGGAUUUUUUUUGCCCCUCAUAGAUAAGAUGCUGUAAUUUCUGUCAAUUUAAUAUUUACAAAAACACUUGAACAAGUGUUGCCAUGGCAACAAGAGUGGCAUAACUGUCCAAACAUGCCUUUCUUUAUGAAUUUAUUUGAGAUGGUACUACUGCAUUAAAUGUGCAGCAAAUUAAAAUUGUGGUUUGACCCUGACCAGCCUCUCUAAUCCAGCUCUGUUUUCUCUUCACCUGCAGAGUUUUAGAUAAACUGGAAAGUGAUCUGCAACCAGAAUAUUGACUUUACAUCUUAGUUAAUGGUGAUGUAAAGCUGGCCUUUAAUCCUAGAUCAGUGCUAUUAACAGAUGAUUUAUUCCAAGACUUCACACUCCUCCAAAACCGUUGUCUAAGAUUUUUAGAAAUCAUGGUUUCUUAAAUACAGACUUAAUUUGAGAAAGAUGGCUAAAUGAGAUGAGAUUUAUCAGCCAAUGCUGAGGCCAGCAAGUUCUUUCAAUGAAUCCUUACUCUGUAUUUUCACCACCAUCACAGGCAUGUGGGGCACCAAGCUUGUUUUGUUCAACAAUCCAUGAAUGUGAAUUGUCUUAAAAAAAAAAAAAAAAAAAAAAUAAAAAAGAGGCUAUUUUUUGCACAUGACAUUAAGUAGACACUGCCACAGAGAGCAUCAAAAUAAAGCUGGAACUGAAAGUGUGCUGUGCUUUUCAGUAACAAGCGUUAUGGUUGGUGGUUGUAUGUGUGUGGAGGGUUGGGUAACGUGGUAAACAGGUCAUCAGUUAACACACAUGUUGCCAGGAUGAUCCCUUGCUGUGCUUAUUUUUUUUUUCUCUUCUCUCCUCCCAAGAAGUUCUCUUGGUCUGCAUAUAUUGUAUUUCUCUUCACUCACGCUGACGUGCUCUAUCAGAGGCGUCACUGCAACGGCCCAGUAGUCAUUUGACGUGAGUGUGUACAUGUGAAUGCAUCGAGCGUGUGUCUGUGUGUGUGUGUGUCUCUUUUGGUGGAGACUGGUGCCAAGCAGUUUUAUUACGGGUCUCUCACAAAGGGAUCACUUGUGCUUUUGUUUGAUUUUCCUCCUUUUUUCCCUUCUGUUUGAUAAGCACUUUGAACCUUCUCAUGUCUGUCAGAGGAGUGUGUAGCUGUACAUAGCAAUUUCCUGUAACAAUAAGUGCUCCUUGUUCAAUCUGAAUAUUUUGUUUUGUUGGAUUUACUUUAAAGAGCAUUAAAUUGUUGUAGAAUUAAAGGAAAAAUAAACUAGAUAAACCUA